UCGGCGCACACGUAUUUCGAUCGUUGCAGGAUCCGCGUCUCUCCGCAGCAGUUCUCCGGCUCGUCCGCCCGCACCUGAACGAUCAUGAGAAUCGCGGAAGUGGCGUUUCUUCUCCUGAUGAACCGGGUGCUCGCCGGUGCCGGGGGUGGAAAACAUCACGUGCACUUCAGGAUCCACGUCCCCGACGUAAUCAAGCAUCACAUCCACACGAAAACCGUGUUCGUCCACGUACACGGGGGCGGUGGGUCGAAAAAAACGCCACCCAAGAAGAAGGAAACGCACCACGAACAGAGUCACCGGGAGGACUGGAAUGCCUGGAGUUCCUACGGGAGUCACGGGGGCCACGAUCGGAAUCACCACUUCGAGUCCUCGGGGUUCAAGGACCACGAGCAAUCGACUCAUCCUUACGCACAGCUGCGACAUCGGGCGCACCUUCGCCUCCCCGUCCGUCCGGCGGGGGUCGGGGCACCUGGUCCGCAUCGGAACCCGGGUGAACACCGCCAGGAAAUUCGGGGCAACGAUGAAAACGUGGAGGUCGAUCCCCGCGGGACGUUGCGCGGAGGGGGCGAUUUCGUCGGCUAUUCGUACGAUCCGCCGCGGUACGAGUCGUUGAUAGCGCGCGUCCCCGGUGACCUCGGAGGGGUAACGGAGCUCCCCGGCAACGAGAUAGGGGAGCCCUACGUGGAAUCGUACGAGGAGGGCUACCGUAAGGGGCAUCGCUCGCAGACGGGGCAUCUCUCGUCGAGCGACCUCAACAACUUCUACGACGCCAAGUUCGAGGAGGCGGACGCGCUGGAGCAGGGAUACGACGACGAGUCCUUCGACAACCACGGGAUCGCCGCGGAGUCGACGAGGGAUCGUCAGAGUUCCGGGGACCGGGGCGCCGAUCCCGGUUAUUACGGAGCGGGCGACGGCUACCUCCGGGCCGAGUGAGGGAUCCGACGUAGUCCCCGCAACGUGUCGUCGACGUCGGGAUUACUUUCACCAUUUUUGUACGUUUUGUAUGAGCGAUCGGCCGGAUCGCACGGGCGCGGCCACCGGUAUUUGCUCUCUGUAAAUAAAUCCUCGUCACCGAUCGUUCUCCCGGUCGGAGUAUGAGGUGCGAGAUAAUCCGUC